AUGGCUAGCUUGCAAAGGCAACUCGAUACUCUCCUUAAAAUUGUUAAACAAACAUCAAAAAGGUUCAUUUGUCCCGAAUGUCUUCAAGGCUUCCCGCGCUCCGAAGUAUUAUACUGCCAUUUUCGAAAGCAGAAGGACAACAUCCAUCAGGGUCUCGACAUGAGAAACACGGACUAUAAAACAUUCUUAUUGUGCUAUCAAAAGGCCCUCAAGGCCUCCAUCCCUGCAGAAAAGCUGCCGCAAGGUCCACAAUGCUUUGCGCUCGCAUAUAUUGUUGAGCAUUAUGAGGAAGAUGCUGAGACGCAUCAACAUUUAAUUCCGAAUUCAGCCUCUCAUAACCAAACAGCCAAUUCACUCUUUGAUGCAGGUCCAUCUUCCUCGGCUCUGCCUUCCGAUUACCUACCGCAAGGCGCGAUACUUGACGAAAGUACGGUGUGGAACAACUGGGGAAACGUCAGUCCAGGAUUUGAAGAUGGUUUCAACUGA